UGUUGUAUGAAAAUGCCUUUCCAGGCCAACUUCAUACACCGAUUUUUUGAACCGACUUCAGGACAUUAAAAUAUAUCAAUUCCGUGUGAUUUUUUUGCAAAAAUGAGUUUUCAUCAAAAUAAAUAUGAUAGACAAUUACGACUUUGGGAAGCAGCAGGCCAGUCGAAAAUUGAAAACGCAAGUUGUUGCCUACUAUACGUAAACAAUGUAGGAUGUGAAUGCCUUAAAAAUUUGAUUCUCCCUGGCAUUGGAAAAAUAUGUAUUCUUGAUGACCGGUUAGUUGACAAAAGUGUCGAUGCGCCAAAUUUCUUCUUGGACGAGGAAGAUCACAACAAAUCAAAGGUUGAAUGUCUAGCAGAGAACUUGAGUCGUCUUAAUCCAGAUGUCUGUAUAGAAUCUAAAAAAGCUAAUCCUCUUGACAUAAUUUCAUCGGAUAUUGAUUUUUUUCAUUCGUUUAAUGUGGUCAUUUUGGCUGACAUGCUACCAAAAAUACAAUUAAUAAAGCUGACGAACUAUCUCUGGAACAAACAAAUUGCUUUCCUUCAGUUGAGGUCUAUCGGGUUUAAUGGUAGUAUCCGAGUCUGUUUGCCAGAUUGCACAAUCUUACAGACACAAAAUGAUGCUUCUUUAGAUCUAAGGCUUAAUAUGCCAUGGGCUGAGUUGAAGGAAUACUCAAAACAACUUUUUGAGAGGGAAUCAAAAGAUAGGCAUGGAGAUAUACCUUUUGUUGCGAUACUUGUUCAUGGAUGCUCUCAACUUGAAACGGGAAAUAAAGGCAACCCUUCUUCCCAGCGGAAAGAUAUUCUUAGAAACUGGAUCAAAACACAAAUGCUAUACGCCGAUGAAGAAAAUUUUGAAGAAGCGCUUUCAAAUUGUUGGAGACCCUUUCAAAGUACUAAUAUAUCUUCCGCUCUAAAAACAAUUUUUGAUGACAUAAACUGCCAGAAUUUAAACGAGCAAUCAUCUUCAUUUUGGAUAAUCAUGAAUGCUAUUUGCAAGUUUGUGGAAUGCUAUCAUUGUAUUCCUGUUAGUGGGAUUCUUCCGGAUAUGAAGGCAGGAUCUUCCGAGUUCGUCUCAUUGCAACGAGUCUACCAACAAAAAGCAAAGGAGGACGCGCUUAAAGUAAAAAACUACGUUCAAAAGAAUUUGAAAUUACUUUCACGGCCAAUCGACUCUAUAACUGAUGAUGAGAUAUUUCAAUUUUGCAAAAAUGCAUCCCAAGCAAGGUACAUUAAGUACAGGAAAAUCGAAGAAGAACUCAACAGUCCUCUGUUGACAGACUUAGCAUCUGAUAAUGAGAGUUUGGUACCCUGGUAUUUCGCUUUCCGUUGCUUCGAUAUUUAUAAGGAACGCUACAACAGCUCCCCGGAUGCAUCAUUAACAUCAAGUAUCCAUAAGUACGAAGAGAUCGCAUGCGAGUUUAUGAAAUCUUUGGGACAAUCACCUACACAAUCCGUAUGCAAUGCAUGCAGAGAAAUUUCUCGUUCUGCAGGAGCUGAAAUUCACUCCGUUUCUGCUUUUAUUGGAGCUAUUGCUGCGCAGGAAGCUAUAAAAUUUCUUACACGUCAGUACAUACCCCUCAACAACACUUGUUUAGUAGAUGCAGCACACGCUCGAACAGAAUCAUUUAGCUUUUAGUGACAUAUAUACAUACUUACUGACAACAAAUCUGCUCUUCCAUUUUAGGAUUAAGCAUUCAAGGCUUCUCUAAUACGGUUCGUAAAUACCGAUAGCCAAAAAUCUUACAAGCGCGUUAAUAUAAGUGUUUUUAUUUUUUUGAUUUUAUGUCAGAGUCUGAUGCCCAAUUGUUUCUUCUUUAUUUGUAUUGACAU